AGAGAUAGAUAUUAAAAAACUUUGAAUAAAGUUGUUAAAUGAAAAACCCUGCCUAAGCGUGAGUGGACCUCUUAAGGAGAGAAAGAAAAAUCAAUUUUCAGCCGUUUAUCAGCUGAGAGGGAAACAUGUUACACGUUAACCCUCCUCAGCAAUCGAUCAGAGAAAACUAAAGCUACCCAGAAUAAAAAUGGCGCUUGACUUCGCAGCCACCUACAAAAUUCUAGUUUUGGGGGACUCCAAUGUUGGAAAAACGUGUAUAGUGCACAGAUUUUGCGACGAGAGAUACUACGAUACUUAUAUUUCGACUAUAGGUAUCGAUUUUAAACAAAAGAUAAUCAAUUUGGACGGUGUUCCUAUAAAGUUACAAAUAUGGGACACAGCUGGCCAAGAGAGAUUUAGAACUUUGACAACAGCUUAUUACAGAGGGGCUAUGGGAAUUUUGUUGCUGUACGAUGUCAGCAAUUUGGAAAGCUUCAACCAUAUCACGUACUGGUUACAAAACAUCGAAGAAAAUGCAUCGCCUCAUUGUAUAACUGUUAUAGCUGGAAACAAGUGCGACUCAAAAGAUAGAAUAGUGGACACAGAAAAUGGACAAAAGAUAGCCGAACAUUUUGAUAUGCCAUUCUUUGAAGUGUCUUGCAAAGACAAUAUUAACAUAGAAGCCUGUUUUAUGUGUUUAGCCAGAAAAAUACGCGAAAAAAGAGAACAAAAAGGUUAUCCAUUUAUAGAUCCUCCUCCCAAUGAGGAGAAAACUGAUCUUUUGAAACCGAAAAGCGACUUGCACAUGCGUGGAUGUUCGUCGUCGUCUUGUUAGAACAAUAAAUAAAUUCACAAGUAACAUAAUGACAAUGGACCUGACUACUAUUAUUCAGCAAGUUAUACAGGGUGAGUCUUAAAUAAGUGCAAAUAUUUAAAUGGCUUGAAUAUUUCGACCCGUAAAACACGAUUAUGAUUUUUCGCGACAAAAAAAAAUUGGAU